GAGUGUGCCAACAAACAGCAGCUUCCCUCGAGAAAAGUGAAAGCCAACGCCCCGCUGUCAGCUCCUCCAGCCGGCCCCCCUCCCUCCCCACACACGCACAGAAAGCUUUCUCCGGAGGUCGUGAUUGAGCUCUUCCACGGAACACUUCACGUUUCACUCCUUCCACAUCGGAGACGUUGAUUCGACCUUUUCUUUCCCUCCUGUUGCUUCUCGCGUUGUAUUUACUCCGCUCGUCGUCGUCGGUGGUUUGUGGCGAUAAAGGCUCGAACACACAAGUCGGUUAUAAUAAGUUAGUUGUUACAACAUGGGGGAUUCAGGCGCGGCCAGCACCGGUGCGAACUGCCUGCAGAAGCUGAAAAGUUACGUGAACACACCGAAAGGUGUUAUCCUCGCUGCAGAAAUAGUCAUCAGCUUCAUCAUCAUCAUCUGCUUCGCCGCCUCUUAUUAUGGAGGCUACUCCUCCGUGGCCAUCUGCGAGAUGAUCUUCUCCAUGGUCUUCUUCGGCAUCUUCAUGAUGGAGAUAGACAAACAGAUCCUGGUGGUCAACUGGGUCUGGACCGAUCUUUUCCGUGCCGGUAUCGGUGCAGUCCUCUACAUCAUCAUUUCUCUGGUGUCUGUGAUCAGAGGAAGCGGAGACGGCGCUCGUAUCGCAGGCGGGGUGUUCGGUUUGAUCGCCGGUCUGCUGUUUGCUUAUGACACCUACACCAUCUUCCAGCAAAUCAAGAGCACCAGGCAGCACACGGCAGCUUCCACCGACGAAAGAGUUUAAACACUCCGACACAUGAACCUCUGCAAAGAACGAAGAGGAACGUGUGCAGAAGGUAGCGGCGGCGUGGAUCAGAGAGGACGACGGACAGUUAAAAAUGAAGAGGUCACAGUUUAAUCAAAGCCACUGCACGGUGCGGACAGACGGGAGUUUGGUACUGAACAUCUGUGCCUGCACGUCGACGUCUACUACAUGAGGACGUCUCCUGACAAACCUUUAUCCAACCUCAGCGUACCACUGAUUAAGAAAGGGAAAACUGUACAUAACAGGCAACGGUUGUCAUCACGCAGCUUGUCUAACACACGUGUACUGUUCCUGCUGUAGUAAGUAGUCACUUGAAUAGUUUAGGAAUUGCUUAACGUCAUACUUUUGCACUUCUUGAGUGUUUCCUGUAUUUCCAGAGACGUUUCUCAGCUGGACGAACUCUCUGUUGUUUAAUCGUUGCUCUUCAGAGUGUGUCACGGUGCCUUAAAGUCAAAUUAACCAGUUGUUCAUCUUAUAUUGAAGCCUUGAAGUGUCCUGCGGUCUUUGACUGUGUAAGUGUUUUAAUUAGAGUUAGUUCUGCACCAUUAGAGCCGCCAGACGUCCGGUAACAACACGUUCCUCCUCCAGUUUCUUGCUCAGGUUGUUUUCUUUUACUUACGUUUGUAAAACAUGUUUAAGGUGCAGAAAGGUUUUCUGUUGACGUUGUUUCCGGUGCAGUCGUACUGUCCAGUUUUUGAUGAGGCAAAUAGAAAAAGAAAAUAGUUCUAAUUUUAUGAUGUGAAUAUCAAUUUUAAUACGCUCUGUAACUGUUUCCUCUGGUGGUUCUUUGUCCAAGUAAAACGUUGCCUUAUUUCUAUUUUUUCUAACAUGCUUUACAAGAGUCUGCCGUUUGUAAUUUCAAAAUUCAAAGCAGCCUUGCUUUGGGAAAUAAAAGCCAUUGUUACUACAAAGAAA